UUACUGUUAGUCACUUUCUCUCUCCUCACUCUCCCUGAGUCUCUCCAUGAUUUCAUCAAGAAAGCAGCCAUCGAUUUCUCUCUGGACAAGGAAAAAUAAAAAAGAACCCUAAUUAUGAGUUUUUUCUUUUAUUUUUCUACAAAUUAAGACGUGGUUUAUGUUCGCGCUCUGUUUUUCAUAAACCAGGCCCUUACCUUCCAUAAUCAAACUAUCACUACUUUUCUAUACCUCAUUUCUUCUUCACAUUUUAAUUUAGAAAGAAAAAAGGAAGGUUCUUUGAUCUGAUACUUUCAAAAUGAACGACCUUCUAUCGGAAUCUUUUGAGAUCCCUCGUGGUCAGGGUUCUAGAGGUGGAGAUAUUGAGAUGGGAAUGAAUUCUGGAGAUUUGGGCCUGGAAAAUUUCUUUAAAAAGGUUCAAGAGAUUGAGAAGCAAAAUGAGAAACUGAACAAGCUACUUAAAAAGCUCCAGGAUGCGCAUGAAGAGUCAAAGGCUGUGACUAAAGCUCCUGCCAUGAAAGCAAUCAAGCAGCGAAUGGAGAAAGAUGUUGAUGAAGUUGGAAAAAUUGCUCGUUCAGUAAAGUCAAAAAUUGAGGAACUUGACAAAGAGAAUUUAGCAAAUAGGCAGAAGCCAGGGUGUGGAAAAGGAACAGCUGUAGACCGAUCAAGAACCUCAACAACUAUGACCUUGAAAAAGAAGUUGAAAGACAAGAUGGCUGAAUUUCAGAAUCUAAGGGAAACUAUCCAUCAAGAGUAUAGGGAGGUUGUUGAGAGGCGUGUUUUCACAGUGACGGGCACUAGAGCAGAUGAAGAGACAAUUGACAGAUUGAUUGAAACUGGAGAUAGCGAACAAAUUUUCCAGAAAGCAAUCCAUGAGCAAGGGCGAGGCCAGAUAAUGGAUACUCUGGCAGAAAUUCAAGAACGCCAUGAUGCUGUUAGAGAUUUGGAGCGAAAACUUUUGGACUUACAACAGGUUUUUCUGGAUAUGGCAGUAUUGGUGGAUGCACAAGGAGAAAUGUUAGACAACAUAGAAUCACAGGUAUCUAGUGCAGUAGAUCAUGUGCAGUCCGGUAAUACAGCCCUCCAAAGGGCAAAGACAUUGCAGAAAAGCUCCAGGAAAUGGAUGUGUAUUGCCAUCAUAAUCCUUCUUAUCAUUGUUGUAAUAAUCGUUGUUGCGGUAAUCAAACCAUGGAACAACAAGAAGGGUGCUUAGUGUCUAUAAGCAAUUUGUAUAUUGUAUGAAUGAGUCAUAUAUCAACUUUUGUACCCCAUUCGGCAAUUUAUCUAUUGUUUUGCAAUUCUUUUACAAAUUCAGCUUUUCUGUUAAAUUCUAAUGACUAAUUUGGUUGGGCUUAGCUCUACUUUUUAUA